UGGUCCCCCAAGGGCUCCAGGAUCCAGAUCAAGCUCAGUUCUCCCCAUCUUUUGAAAAUGAAUGUCUGGAAGAAGAGAACAGAUGUGGAUUACGCCCAUGCUGCAGCUCAUUCGCCACAUCACCAAGAACCCCAGCGACAGGACCAGGAUGUCCCUCAUCUUUGCUAACCAGACAGAGGAAGAUAUCUUGGUGAGAAAGGAGCUUGAAGAAGUUGCCAGAACACACCCAGAGCAGUUCGACCUAUGGUACACCCUGGACAGGCCUCCUGUUGGCUGGAAGUACAGCUCAGGCUACAUCACCGCCAACAUGAUCAAGGAGCACCUCCCUCCUCCUGGGCAGUCCACGCUCAUCCUGGUGUGUGGCCCGCUGCCCCUGAUCCAGACAGCUGCUCACCCUAACCUGGAGAAACUGGGUUAUACCAAGGAUAUGAUUUUCACUUACUAAUACCUCCCUUGCUUCUAGCACAUUUGCCCGUUCCCUUUCAUCUGUUUCAGAGUGAGUUCCGCCUGACCACAUUAAACUGGGAUGUGUUUACAAGUGU